AUGUAUACAUAUGUUGCGAAGAAUGAUGGUAAUCUUGAUGGUAUUGAAGUGAAUAACAUCGUUAGGUUGGCUAAUUUAUAAUUCACAAUCUCCAUUCACAACGAGCUGCGGAGGUAUAGCUAUGUUAGGUGGAAUAAACUCAUUUAAUGAAAAUACCGUCAUUAAGAGAAUAUUUAGCAACUUGAAACCACAUUAUUAGCUGAGAUUAGAGUUCAGGAUUUGGAUGUAAAUUAAUAAUUUAUCAAUAGUAUAGAUUCAUCCUCAAUUACGGAUAUAGAAGUUUAAUUGGAUCAAGAGGAUUAUGCAGAAUCUGUAGUUUCAUUUGUUAUAGAAGAAUCAAAUUAUUGUGGAUUGUCCAAUAAAAAUGAAAAUAUUAAAUAGGUUUCAUUUGCAUUAGAACAUAAUUUUGUUUAAGCAACAGUAUUUGCUAAAUUUAAAUUUCAUGAUGAUAAUCGAGUAAUUAAUUAAAAUAUGUUAGAUAUAAUGGGGAAUGCAAUAUAUGCUAUUAAGUUUAGAUUUUUGUUCAUCCUAAUGUUUGUAUUGCACUGGCCCUUUAGAAUCUGAUUGCUAGACAUGGAGCAAUAUAUUUUACUAAUUUUCUCUUGAUUUAUUCUCUAAUCGAAUUAUUUUCGAUAGCUAACUUAUUGAGUUUAGUUAUUAUUAUGAAUGCUAAAAAUGUGAUUUAAUACUCAAUUUAGAUUUAGUUCAAACNUUAAAAAAAAUGCAAACAUAUUUCUUAAUAUUAAUAGAAAUAGUAGUGUGUGGGAUUAUCGACUGCAUUUAUAUCUAUGAUUUUAAGUAUCUCUAAAUAACUAAACAUAAAAAAAAAGCUUCAAGAGUAAAAUAUGAAUUUAUUUUUCAAUCCUUUCAUAAAAAUUGA